UGUCGUUUUUUUAUCGUAUCUUCUUGAUUUACCAAGAAUCGCCCCAGGCGUGGAAGACGGGUCUCGUGCCUGCUGUUCCUGCCGCUCAUAUUGCUACCUCUUAGUUGAGGAGCUUGGAUCUGUCUUCGACAGCCACAUCUCUUUGGUCGCCGUUUGACACACGUUUGACCUUGUGAGACUCGAGUUUGAAGUUUUGGAUUGAACAAACGCUUCAUUUCACAUCGAUUGCCUUCACUACACCAACAAACGCCAGACGCAAGCUUAUCCUUACUCACAACAUAUUACUACCACAACAUGUCUGCACCUCGUGGUCGCGGUGGUGGUGGCGGGUUCCGCGGAGGUCGAGGUGGUGGCAGUAGUGGAGGAGACAGCAGCUCCGGCCGCGGUUCGUUUAGAGGCCGUGGCCCUGGCUCUGGCAGUGGUUCCAGAGGUUCCUCCUCCCGUGGCGGUUCUCCGUCUCGUGGUGGAGGAGGCUAUGGUGCCCGACCCCAGCAAGCACCUGCUGGUAUCUUCAACCAGCAGAACGUCCCCGCUCCGGAUGCUGCUAUCGUUCAGGUGGAAAACGCGGUUGCCAAGGACCCGUCUGCCAUGCUUGCGUCUACAAGCCUCGACGAGAGACCGGCUCGUCGCCCUGACUAUGGCACCCUUGGUCGCCCGACCAUUGUCUGGACUAAUUACUUCCCUCUGACUGUGGGUGGAAAGACUCCCGACAUUUAUCGUUAUGCGGUGUCAAUCCAGCCGGAAGAGACUUCGAAGCGCAAGAAGAGAAGGUUCAUUGAGAUUCUUCUUAGUGACCCUGUCUUCAAUGGCAUUCUUUGCGCGACGGAUUAUUCCCAGGUCAUUGUUACGAACAAGAAAGUCCCGCUGAGUGAAGGCACAGUCAACCGUCGUUCCUUCGAUAUCCAGUGGUACCCACCGGACGGAGAGCCCAUCCCCCCUCCUGGCCCUGACGACACUGAAGCGCGUGAGACUGCCCGGAAGCGCAACACCAAGCAGGUGAACGUCGAGCAACUGGGCACUGUUUCCCUUGGGGAACUGAUGAAGUCGCUCACCGCCACGGGCGCUGGGGCCUAUUAUCCGCUUAAGGAGGAGGCCAUUCAGGCUCUCAAUGUCAUUCUUUCCCGUGGUCCUCACACCACCCAAGGUGUUGUCGUUGCAGGCCAGAACAAGUUCUACCCUGUCGGUGGCCACAGGCUUACCGAGGGCUGGGAUCUCUCUGAAGGCCUCCAGGCCAUGCGUGGUUACUUUGCUAGCGCUCGCACGAGUGUUAGCCGUAUUUUGGUCAACAUUAACGUUUCCACUGCUGCGUUCUAUAAGCCUGGUCAGCUUCUUUCCCUCAUGAUGGAUUACUUGGGACAGAACAGGUCUCCUAGCCAUCUUCUCAAGCUUGAGGGCUUCCUUAGACUCCUUCGAGUAGAAACUGCCUACAUCCGCUCGAGGGAUAAGGCGGGCAACCCUAACGGCAAGAGGGUUCGCAAGGUCAAGACUCUGUUCGGUCUUGCCAGAGCGAACAACAACGCAAACGGAACUUGGCCUCAUGGUGCCAAUGCUCUGCAGGUCAAAUUCUCCCACACGGACAGUGCCGGUAAGGUCACCUUGAUCACUGUGGCCGAUUACUUUGCGAGGGAGCACCAGAUCACUCUUACGACCCCUGGAGCGCCUGUGGUCAACGUCGGCACCAAGGACAACCCGACGUAUAUCCCUCCUGAGCUUUGCACUGUGCUGCCCGGCCAAGUCGCUGGUCGUAUGCUCAGCGCGAACCAGACUCGUCUGAUGAUCGAGUUCGCGGCCAGGCCUCCUAACCAGAAUGCAAACAGCAUCACCAGGCAGGGCCUUGACGUCAUGCAGGUCCAGAAAAACCCGGCUCUGUCUGCUUUUGGCAUCAAUGUUGGCACAAACAUGUUGACUGUCAUGGCCCGCAUUCUGCCUGUUCCUAAACUGCAGUACCAGGGCAAGGAGCAGCAGCCGGAGAAUGGAAAGUGGAAUUUGGCUCGCGUCAAGUAUACUAAGCCGGCGACCAUCAAGAGCUGGGGUUGUCUUGUCAUCGAGGAGCGCAACCGCGCUACUUUCCAGAGGCAGGAAGAUGCUAUGUCGCUCCUUCAAUCUUUCCACGAUGCGCUUAAGUCGUAUGGCAUGGUCAUGGGUCAGCCACAAGCUCCGGCCAAGAUCCAGAUCUCCUGGCCUUACAACUCUGGCGAGAUCACCGACUUGGUCUCGACCAAGUUCAAGCAGAUGGCGCAGUAUGGUAUUGCAAUGCUGUUGGUUCUGCUGCCGUCUGACAACACGGCCUUGUAUGAUAUCAUCAAGUACCAAGGUGACGUUCGUUUCGGUAUCGCCACGGUCUGCAGCAUCAGCAAGAAGAUUCUCAACGCCCGUGGUCAAGCUCAGUACAUGGCGAACGUAGGCUUGAAGUUCAAUCUGAAGGGCGGUGGUGUAAACCACGACAUGAAGAUUCAGCAGCUCGCACCCCUGGACAACAAGACGAUUUUGAUCGGCAUCGAUGUUUCACACCCCAUGCCAGGUUCUGCGGACACGGCGCCCUCAAUUACUGGCGUCGUCGGCUCCGUAGACGCGCAAUUCAACAACUACCCCGGUUCGAUCCGCACGCAGCAGGGCCGCAAAGAGAUGGUUGAUGAGGAUGACUUGAAGCAAAUGAUCGUCGAGCGGUUGAAGCUCUGGCGCGCGCGUAACGGCAACCAACUGCCAAACAAAGUCAUUAUUUACCGAGACGGUGUCUCGGAGGGACAGUUCCCGGUCGUGCUGCGCGAGGAGUGGCCCUCGUUCCCGGCCGCCUACAAGGAGGUCUACGGCCCCGAGAAGAACUGGCCGAAGAGCUCACUCAUUAUUUGCACAAAGCGCGGGCACACGCGGUUCUACCCCACAAAGGCCGAGGACUCGGAAGGCCGCGGCAUGAACGUGCGGCCCGGCACCGUCGUCGACCGCGGCAUCACGGGCGAGCGCCUGUUCGACUUCUUCUUGGUCGCGCACGCGGGCCUGCAGGGCACGAGCAAGCCGGCGCACUAUAUCUGCCUCAAGGACGAGAACAACCUCGGCUCUGACCAGCUCCAGCGUAUAACGCAUAAUUUGUGUUAUGUCUAUGGUCGCGCAACGCGGGCCGUUAGCGUUUGUCCGCCCGCUUACUACGCUGACUUGGUGUGCGAGCGUGGACGCAGCUACCUUCACACGUUCUUGAAGGAGCAAGGCGGCGGUGGGGCCAAGUACGAGCGCGGGAUGCACUGGAGUGGUGGUGUGCAUGACAGGCUGAAGGACACGAUGUUCUACCUGUGAGGGGUGGGCAUGGACAUUUUCGGUUAGAUGAUGGUUAGCUUCCCGGUGGGGAGAAGAUAUUCUUCUUGGAUAGGCUUGCUUGGAUGAGCAUUGGAUGGUUUUUUUGGUUGCUAUGCUAGUACAAGUUGGCUUCUCUUUUUUUUUCCAUUCAGUUAGUAGUUGAAUGCACACGAAUCUGGCC